GCCACCAUAACCUCACUUCUCUCUCUAGUCUCUAAUAAUAAGACAAACCUCUUCAACGACUUCGAUUCACCACCUACCCAGCCAUAACCCAACCACCAGACCCCUCCUUUCCCGUCUCCUCCGCGACAAUAAAAACCCCCAAUUCCAAAAGCUUAGGGUUUUGUCAUCUUUAUUUCCUCCUCUAAUCAUGGAGACCUCCUCCUCCUCCUCUCCUCCUCCUCCCCCACCACCACAACACGACGGCGACAUGGAAAUCCACCUUCCUCCGGUCACCACCGAAUGGGACUGGGGCGAUCUCCUGGACUUCACCGUGGACGAUCAAUUCCCUCUCUCUUUCGAUACAGUUGUUGACGUCACACAACCUAUUGACAACCCAACGCCUGAAGUCGAGUCUCAACAGCUUGAAGCUCCUGUUUCUGAUCGGGUAAGGAAGCGAGACCCGAGGUUGACUUGCUCCAAUUUUCUGGCGGGUAUAGUACCGUGUGCGUGUCCGGAGAUGGAUGAAUUAUUACUAGAGGAAGAGGCUGCUCUACCUGGAAAAAAACGGGUGAGGGUUGCUCGUGCCGGGUCGAGUAUUGCUAGGUGUCAAGUACCGAGUUGUGAAGCGGAUAUUAGUGAACUUAAAGGGUAUCAUAGAAGACACAGGGUCUGUUUAGGGUGUGCUAAUGCUACUGCUGUUGUACUUGAUGGGGAAACUAAAAGAUACUGUCAACAGUGUGGCAAGUUUCAUGUGUUAUCGGAUUUUGACGAAGGGAAAAGGAGUUGUAGAAGGAAAUUAGAGAGGCAUAAUAAUAGAAGGAGAAGGAAGCCAGCUGAUUCUAGUAAGGGCAGUGCAGGUGAUAAGGAAGUUCAUGGGGAUUUGCUAACUGAAGAUACUACUUGUGAUGCUGAAGCUGGCAAAGAUGGUUUGUGGUCCAGUAGUCAGAUGGUGGAGAAAGAAGGGUUGGUUGAGUCUGAAGAUGGACACAUUUCAGCCUUGAACUCUGAUCCUAUUUCUCAAAAUGUUAAUAGUGAUAGUGGAGUCUCUUUCACGGCUUCCGGGGACACGCGAAUGGAUUGUGGGAAAGAUGAUUCCAAACUUCCAUUUUCUCCUUCAAUUUGUGACAACAAGAGUGCUUACUCAUCCGUGUGCCCGACAGGUCGGAUCUCAUUCAAGCUUUAUGAUUGGAAUCCGGCAGAAUUCCCUAGAAGGCUUCGACAUCAAAUAUUCCAAUGGUUGGCCAGUAUGCCUGUGGAGUUAGAGGGAUAUAUUCGGCCGGGAUGUACAAUCCUGACUGCAUUUCUAGCAAUGCCAACAUUUAUGUGGGUGAAGUUACUUGAAGAUCCUGCAUCAUAUUUGAAUGACCUUCUUGGUAGUGGAAAAAUGCUGUCUAAAAAGGGUCGAAUGCGUGUUUAUCUUAAUAACAUGAUCUUCAAUGUCACAAAAGAUGGACAUUCCGUGAUGAAAGUCAAUGUGAAAGGGCAUGCCCCAAGACUUCACUAUGUUCAUCCUACAUGUUUUGAGGCUGGAAAGCCCAUGGAGUUUGUUGUUUGUGGAAGUAAUUUGUUGCAGCCCAAAUUUCGGUUUCUGGUAUCUUUUGCUGGGAAGUAUCUUGCGCAUGAUUAUUGUGUUGCAUUACCACAAGUUCAUACCAAAGGAGGUUCAGGUCUUCACCAUCAGCUGUACAAAAUACUUACCCAUUGUAUUGAACCUAAUCUCUUAGGUCCUUUAUUUAUUGAGGUUGAGAAUGAGAGUGGCUUAUCAAAUUUUAUUCCUGUGCUUAUUGGGGACAGAGAUGUUUGUUCUGAAAUGAAAAUAAUUCAGCAGAGAUUUGAUGUAUCCCAUUCAUUGAUUUUUGGCUCAGAGUGUGAGGUUUCUGCAAUGAGACAAACAGCUUUUUCAGAGUUUAGCACGGACAUAGCUUGGUUACUAAAGGAGCCUUCAGCAGAAAAUUUUCAACAAACAAUAACUUCUUUUCAGAUUCGAAGAUUCAAUUCUUUGUUGAGUUUCUUGUUACAUCAUGAAUCAAUCAUCAUUUUGGAUAGGAUAUUAAAAAACCUGGAGAUCAUGAUGGACAAAAGGGAGGUCAAUGGUAUGUUUGAUGACACUAGUGACACUAAUAUGAGGCUAUUACAGAGUUACAUGGAGUACGCAAGCAAUAUUCUUCAUAAAAAAAAGAGAAGUGAAGUUUUGAAGCAUCACUUGGAAUGUCCUGGACAGGAGUAUUGCGUUUCAGGAAGCUGCUGUGUAAGCAACAAGCCAGCAGUUGUUAUCUCCAGUGAGGGCUUGGAGCAAAGACCAGAUGGAGGUUUGGGAGUGAUGGCAAACUCCAAAUGUAUUGUUAAAAGCGAGGAGGUUCCCCUUUUCAACAGAGACGAGAGGCCAAAGAAAUCAUGUGGUCUCGUUUUCUCUAACAGAGUCUUGAAGUAUCGGCCUUCAGUGUUUGUAAUUGCUAUUAUUGCCGUAUGUUUUGCAGUAUGCGCCCUUCUUCUCCACCCGCGAAAGGUUAGCAAACUUGCAGUAUCUAUACGCAGGUGCUUGACAGACAGAUAUUAGAUGUUCAAUAAGUCUCCAGAUUAUAAUGCCCCCUCCUGAUUGCUGGCUCUGUACACUGAUAUCGACAUCGCGGAUGGACGCAUCAAGAUAGAUUCAUGGCAUUCACAUGAGUUGGAGGUAACUUUAGGUUUUUGUCAGUUGCAUGAGAAUUCUUUGUAGGCAAAUAUCAAAUAAUCCUGUAUCUUCUGUUUCCUUGUACUGACAACAGCUUGCAACCCCAAGCCCAUAUAUUAUCAUAUUUUGCAAUGAUAAUGAUUGUAUAAAUAAAUAACUAGGGAGAUUCUUCUU